GACUAAUAUUGAUUAUUUUAAACUAUCAACAACUAUAAAAUAAUUGAUAUAUUUUUUUACCGAGUUCUUUGAAACCAAUUAUCUUCUUUGACAUCGCUCAUCCCUAGCUAAAUUUAGGUUAGCUAUAUACCUGAAAUUCUUAACCUAAAAUUCACACAUAUGGUCGCGUAAUAUUACUGGAAGGUAGAGCGAUAUAAAAUCUAGUCUAAGGAGAGGAGAUGAGCGAUGCCGAGCUCCAGGAAGAAGAAAGGGAAGUAUUGUUCUCGAUAUACGAUGGCGAUCCGGCUUUUAAACAGUUGACACCUACAACAUUUCAAUAUAAGUUUGGAAAGGACAAUGACCUGAAAUCAUUUCUGCUGGAAAUCUCAUGGGGUGCAACAUAUCCUUCAGAGAAGCCAACUAUUAAUAUGAACACAUUUUACAAUAAACAUAUUGUGGAAGAGGUAAAGGACAAGGUGGUGAGUCACGUAGAGGCAGAGGCUGAGCAAUGGUUAGGUAGCGCUAUGACGUAUACCUUAUUUCAGUCUGUCCAAGAACAUUAUGCAGACUUAGUAUCCAUUCAACCGGAUUCAGUCACAGAUAUAAAUGCCUAUACUAGUAAAAUCAAGAUUGCAGAGGAGAAUCAACAGGUUGAAGAAACAAUGAAAAAACCGAAGAAAGAACAGUUAAGCAAGGCUCAGAAACGUAGACAAUGGAACAAGGCAGAUGGCAAAGGUGAGAGACCACGUGGUUGGAACUGGGUGGACAUAGUAAAACAUUUGUCACAGACCGGCCCUAAAUCGGAGCAAGAGUCUUAGUUCGAGUCACGUAUAUCAUUUUGUACAGUAUAAAAAGUAUGCUAUAUUUUUAUAAAUGUUGGAAAUAAAAUCAUUUCUCUGUAUCUACA